UCUGACACACCAUCACCCCAGACCUCCCCAUCAGUCCUGAGCCCCAGCGGUCUUCUGUCAGAGACCCUGGUGCUCACACCUUCUCCAGAGUGUCACUUUCUCCUUCUCACUCCCUCCCACCCUGAACAUCAUCCCCUCCCGAGGUCACAUGGCCCAUCCCUAGGGGUCAUCGCCUGGCAGCCUUGCUCCUCUCAUCCCUCUCUACCCCCAGCAAUCCCACCCCUUCCCCACUGUUUCUCUUCUCAGCUGGUGGCCGGGGGUCAGUUCCGAGUGGUCAAGGAGCCCCUUGGCUUCGUGAAGGUGCUGCAGUGGGUCUUUGCCAUCUUCGCCUUUGCCACAUGCGGCAGCUACAGUGGGGAGCUCCGGCUGAGCGUGGAGUGUGCCAACAAGACUGAGAGUGACCUCAGCAUCGAGGUUGAAUUCGAGUACCCCUUCAGGCUGCACCAAGUGUACUUUGAUGCACCCACCUGCCGAGGGGGUACCACCAAGGUCUUCCUCGUGGGGGACUACUCCUCAUCAGCUGAAUUCUUUGUCACCGUGGCUGUGUUUGCCUUCCUCUACUCCAUGGGGGCUCUGGCCACCUAUAUCUUCCUGCAGAACAAGUACCGUGAGAACAACAAAGGGCCCAUGAUGGACUUUCUGGCCACAGCAGUGUUUGCUUUCAUGUGGCUAGUUAGCUCAUCAGCAUGGGCCAAGGGGCUGUCCGACGUGAAGAUGGCCACAGACCCAGAGAACAUUAUCAAGGAAAUGGCUGUCUGUCGCCAGACAGGGAUCGUAUGCAAAGAACUGAGGGACCCUGUGACUUCGGGGCUCAACACCUCAGUGGUGUUCGGCUUUCUGAACCUGGUGCUCUGGGUCGGCAACCUGUGGUUUGUGUUCAAGGAGACAGGCUGGGCCGCCCCAUUCCUGCGCGCGCCUCCAGGCGCCCCCGAGAAGCAACCAGCACCUGGAGACGCCUAUGGCGAUGCGGGUUACGGGCAAGGCCCCGGCGGGUAUGGGCCCCAGGACUCCUACGGCCCCAGGGGGCCCCAGGCCUCCUCCGGCCCCCAGGGCGGCUACCAGCCCGACUACGGGCAGCCUGCUGGCGGCGGUGGCGGCGGCUACGGGCCUCAGGGCGACUAUGGGCAGCAAGGCUACGGCCCACAGGGUGCGCCCACCUCCUUCUCCAAUCAGAUGUAGUCUGGUCAGUGCAGCCCGGGAGGACCCCAUAGGUGGGCAAGAGCUCAGGAGAAGGCCUGCCCCCCUUCCCACUCCUAUACCCUAGGUCUCCGCCCCUGAAGCAAGGAGACCCUAACUGUCUUUGCUGUUUAUAUAUAUAUAUAUUAUAUAUAAAUAUCUAUUUAUCUGUCUGAGGCCUGCCCUCACUCCACUCCCCUCAUGCACUAGUGCCCAGUCUUGAGUGGGUCCCUCUCUUACCCCCACCCUUUUCCCUGCUUCCCUUGGCCCCUCUCUGUUCUCCAGCCCUGUCCCCUGAGGUUAGGGGGCUCUGAAAGGGGGACAGGGAAGGGACAGACCUCAGCUGUGUGGGGAGGGUGGAUGUGACUUCAGACUCUCCCCUCCCCUUCUCCCAGCUCUGGCCUUGGGGGAAAUUCAACCCAGAGAUGAGGAGAAAGGCAGAGAUUGGGGGGAUAUGGAGUAGAGAGGACAGUUUAGGACCCAAGGUGGUCUCGGAGGGGAGCCCUAGAGUGGAGGGGUCUGCAGGAGUUUUGGGUUCCAGACAUACUGGAUCUGGAGUCUAAAGGAGGGGAGCACCCUAGAGCAUUCUGGGAUGGGGCUUGGAAGGAGGCUGAGGGCAAGGCUUUAGAAGGGGUGGGGCUUUAGGUGAGCCAGCUGGUGGGCUCCAGAGUAGGCCAGGCUUGGAGUAGGACUCAGUUCUGUGGAAAGGGUGUGGCUUAGGGCGUGGGGACAGAGUUUGGAAGAACACUGAGAGUGCGGUUCUAGAAGUGGGGGGCUUGAACCAGACAGUAGGUGAGGUUCCAAUGUGGGUGAAUCUUGCAGUAGGGCCAUAGUCUGUGGAAGAGGUGUGCAUUGGAACACACCAGACAUUGAGCUUCAUUCUAAAAGGGACAGAUCUUGAAGAGGCAAGAAGUGGGAUUCAGGAAUGGGCCAAUCUUUGGGUGAGGUCCUGGUCUGGGUUCCAGGUGGGCCGGAGCUUAGAGUGGGGUGCGCAUGGUCAUUUCAGAAGGGGCAACCCCCCUCCCUAAUGGGGAGGUGAAGAAAAUAAGUUUUAAAGUGGGUGGGUUUGGCAGUAGGUGUGGUGGGGCUUGGUUAGGGACUGUGGGAUAAAUUAUGUUAUGGGAGAAGGGGGAUACCCCUAACCAACGUUGGGAACCAAGGGGGCCUGGGAAGAGCUGAGUGGUUUGGAGGGUAAGGGAUGGGAUCCAGAGAGACACACCCCCACACUCUUGCCCACCCUGUGAGGAGACAGCUAGGUAAUCAGAGAACAGAGCCAAUAGGUCUGUGGGGCUGGCCCACCCCUCUUCCCCCUUCCCUGCCCCCUCCCUCCCUCCAUACCCCCACCCGUGCAAGGGUGGUUAGAGACCUGGUCUGGAGCCCCUGUCCUGCACCCUCUGCUGUGUCUGUGAUGUCUGUAGUGCCUGUGAUCGUGUGUUGCCAUUUUGUCUGGCUGUGGCCCCUCCCCGACCCCUCCAGACCCCCUCCCUUUCCUGCGCCCUUCGGUAUUGUUUGAAGACCCUCUCUCCCUGAGAAAGAGCAAAUAUGAUUAAUUAUCCUCCCUCAAAUAAACUCCUCAACCACCUA